AUGAAAGCGGCUCGUUACUAUGGCAAGCGCGACAUCAGGAUUGAGACAGUUCCCGAUCCGCCGCCACCGGGGCCCAACCAAGUGACGAUCGACGUCUAUUGGGGUGGCAUCUGUGGUACUGAUCUCCAUGAAUAUACGUCUGGCCCUUUCACAAUAAACACACCCGACCAACCCCACGGCAUAACCAAAGACCAUCUUCCUGUCACCUUCGGUCAUGAAUUCUGUGGCCGUGUCUCCGCGCUGGCCUCAGGGUAUCCUGCCGACGGCCCCCUCAAACUUGGGACGCCCAUAAUGGUCGAUCCGCGGAUUGUCUGUCGGAAAUGUACAGCGUGCACAAGUGGGUGUGAUAAUAUGUGUGCAAAUUGGGGAUAUAUUGGCCUCAACGGCGGCGGCGGCGGUGGUGCGGGCUUCAGUGAGAAAGUCAACGUUGAGACGAGGAUGUGUCAUGUUCUUCCUGAUGACGGGAGCGUUGAUCUGAAUAGCGUUGUCCUUUGUCAACCCUUAACCGUAGGGCGCCAUGCUCUUUCUGCGAGCGGGAUUACGGACUUUGCAGGGUUGAACGUGCUUGUGCUUGGGGUUGGGCCCGUAGGAUUGGCGGUCCUGCUAAAUCUGCGGGCGAAAGGGGUGGGCACCGGUCUCAGUGGGAGGGUGUUGGUCUCAGAGCCAACGGCCAAGAGGAGUGAGGUGAUUCGAAGGCUCGGACUGGCUGGGCCCGAGGAUCUUUUGGAUCCGCAGGCGUCCAAUGUGGCAGAGAUCUGUAGAGCGAGGACCGGAGGGAGAGGGGUCGACAUUGUGUUUGACUGUGCCGGCGCAGAGGGGGGCAUGCUAGCAGGCAUGGAAAGCUUGAGACUGAAGGGAACCUACCUCAACAUCGCCGGAUGGAAGCAGCCGUUCAAGGUGCCGAUGCAGUUUGCUUUCUACCGGGAGCUAACCAUCAAGUUCUCCAUGGGAAAUAAUGAUAAUGAUUAUCGGGAGGUGGUGGAGGAUUUUGUGGCGGGCAAAUUCGCUGGAGCUGAGGCUCUGAUUACGAGGAGGCUCCCUGUUGAGGAUUUGGCAGAGAAAGGUUUGGAAGAGCUGGUGAGGAACAAAGACGACCAUGUCAAGAUUGUCGCAACAUGGAGGAAAGACCUAUUGAAUCCGUAA